AUGUACAUGGCACUCCUUCGACUCUUAAGCGUUCUCAUUCUUGCUGCUGCAUAUAGCGUACGUGGCUUUAUGCCGAGUCGUCCAUGUACUAUUAAAGAAUGCCGUGGAUAUGAAUGGAAAAAUGACUGGACUCCAAACAAUAUCCCUACAGGAGAGUGUGUCAAGCAAACACGACCUGGUCAUCCACUUUACACCUCCAAAACGAUCUUCAGUCUUUACUGUCCGCCUUCAAUACCAUGCUUUGCUCAUUUUCAACAGAGAACUAAAUGUGAGUUCAAAUAGAUCGUAAUAGCUAGACACUGUGUAUUAUUAUCAGUAACAAUCACUCCACUAAUUAGCAACGUGUUCAUAAGUUCAGCCAUUUAAUAUGGUACAUGCACAAAGAAACGAACCUUGUAACGUCUACGUCCCAUAUUUAAAUUUAAAACGCCAAUCAACCUGCACCAGUGUUUUAUUAAUUUUUAGAUCUGACAAGACAGUAAAUGUUUUUAAAAGUCCAAAAAGUUUCCCCGAAGUAUUUCAUUUCUAUGGUAAUGUAUAUUUCUCUUUUUAAAACGUGUCCACUGAAAAAUGUCAACAAAAGAGGACAAAGUAACACAGGUUGGUUAAAGGCAUAGAUAUGCAAAUACAUUUGUGACACUGAGGUACUGAGUAAGCUUUUACUUGCCUUCGCGUUGCCACGAUCCAAAAGACAUUUCCACGGUUAAUAACCUUACAAGUGUAUCGAUAAUUUACAGCUAGUGAAAGAUGGUGAGAACUGUUUGUGACUUAUUCUUUACUUAAGCAGGAGCAUCUAGAAAUUAAUUAUUUUCAGGCCAUGCAGUGGUGUUUUCUUAGUGAAAGAACCUUCGCAUUUAAAAACGAAUUUUAGUCAGCUCCCAUUUACAGGUUUUUGUCCUGUUUAGGCCGAACUCUUUUUUUGUCUUCUAAAAAUAGUUAUAUUAAUUUAUUGAUUUAGUUUUUCUUUUUCUUGAAUUUUUAUAUUACCUCUUUGUUGAUGAGCAAAUUUGGAUGAUCGUUUGAUUUAGAAUCUCAUUUUCAUUCGUGUCGUUUGUACCACAGGCAGACCAUUCGAACUGUUCGAGGUAACGGGAUGUCAAGCGCGACAUGUGAUCCCAUACAUUUACUGUAUUUCGUAACGCGCACACUCGAUCGGUAAAAAUGCUUCAUAAAACACAGAAUUGUGCACUUUUUGAUCCCAAAUGUUGAUAUAAUGUAAGAAAAGUGAAUCGAGAUAACUUACCGUAGAUUUUUAGUGUUGUGUUUUGCGUUUUUGUGGCGUUUUCAGUCGUAUUUAGUCGGGGGUGUCAGUUUCAAGCGACUGAAAACGCAUUAAAAUCGCAGUACACGACACUAAAAACGUACGGUAAGUUAUCUUUCAUUUAUUUAUUUUUCUUACAUUAUAUCAACAUUUGGGAUCAAAAGGUGCAAAAUUCUGUGUUUUAUGAAGCAUUUCUACCAAUCAUUUGAAACAAGCCGAGUGUGGGCGUUACGAAAUAAAGUAAAUGUAUGGGAUCACCGUGUCGCGCGUGACAUCACGAUCCCUCGAACAGUUCGGAUGGUUCGCCUGUGUUUGUACAAAAUUUUUAUUUUUGUUGAUGUACCAUGAUCCGAGUGAUCUCCAAUCACUGGCCUGAUCCGGAUCAAAUCAUAUGAACGCACCCUAUAUGUCUACACUAUACCGAUUAUCUUUUAAUGCCGAAAUGAGAAGCUGUACGGUCGUACGGUUUAGUAUGAACGACAACAGCACAGAACUGUCACAAGUCGUUCCAAAAUAUCAAACAUUGCACCAUUGUAUUAACCAUUGUACAGGAGCGUUCAUUCGGAAUAUUUACUUCCGUCUCAGUGUUUAGCAGUACUUCGCACUACCCAUUUACUUCCGCUACAGUUGGAAUAUCUGUUCAUAUAUGUAACGAAGAGUUGUAAAAACAGCAAAAACCUAUUCGAUAAGUGACGCUUCGAUUCACUUUCAAGAUCGGCGCUGCGCUGCAGCUUUGCUCCCUUACAAAAAUCGUACCGAAAUCACCGUUCUUAUGUGAGAACAGAGACCCUAUCCGGUAUGGUUUUCGUGUCGGCGUCAUCCUUGGAGACCCAGGGGCAGAUAGUGGGGGCGAGGGAAAGUCUGAACGGGCGGGAAAAUAUGGCACGAAGAAAAGUAAAGAACGGCAAGAAGAGCCCCUGGGGACAAUGUCUUACCAGACCAGUUCCAAACGGUCGCCGCCGUUCUGACUUCUGAUUGGUGCCAGAAAACUUUUGUGUUUUUCUGCCCAAUCAGAAGGCAGAACGGCGGCGACCGUUUGGAACUGGUCUGGUAAGACGUUGUCCCCAGGGGCUCUUCUCGCCGUUGUUUACUUUUUUCGUGCCAUAUUUUUCCGCCCGUUUAGACUUGCCCUCGCCCCCACUAUCUGCCCCUGGGUCUCCGAGGAUGUGUCGGUGAAAGAUUGAACGUUUGAAAAAGAAAUUCAGCCCUGUAAUUCCCGAAGCUGAAUUCAAAACCUUUCCAGCUCCGUGCAUGUAAAAGGAAUUAGUGUUGCAUAUUUUUUUGUAAUAUCUACCAAACACGAGUGCUUGUCUCAACAACAAAAAUGGGCAACGAAACUGGGUGAAAAAAGCUUCAACAAGAUUGGGAUACAGAAUGCCGUUAUAAGACCCCCAUAUAAUGAACAACAAGAUGUAGUGUUAAGUGCACUUACUCUCCUCCUCCCCUCCCGCAUCCUCUUCCUCUCAACCACCCUCAUCUCCAAGACACGGGCUCGGAUCCCCAACGCGAAGCUUUCUUGUGGGCUGAAUCCCUUAUUCCUUUUCCCCUUGAUUCCCCUAGUGAUGUUAGUGGUGUGUAGAGGUAGCCUUGGGAAGACUUGAGUGUAAUGACCUGGAGGUCUACACCUCCGACGGGAGAAAUGCUUCUGGUGGUCACACUUGCCGGAAAGUUCGAGAGUCUUGUUUGAAGCCAAACACGCCAUCAGAGGGCUCUAAUGGCGUGAGAUGAUAAGUUAACGACGAUGUUGUUGACAUGAUGAUAAUAAUGAUUUCAGGGAGGAUGAGUACCAAAUUAAUAUUAUAUCAUUAUUCAUUUCAAAAGGCUACCGCCAUCCAUGACUAAAUGUAUGUGGACAAAUGCCCACAACAUACGUUCCACCAUCUCUCCUUGAUCAUUAGGGUUACUUAAAGGCCAAACCGUUGUCAUGCAGGAGACAUUAAAAAUUGGUGCCAUGAAAUACCGAGAAAUUCCUGGUAAUUUUGUGGUUGUUGAGAAUCGCCCGUUACUGUACGUAGGCAGUAAUUGUAUGUCAUUAAGCUUGCGGAAUGUUGGUCCAUCCGAAAUUCGCACCCGCACAACCUUAGCUUGCUGUACUCAGAUUGGUCCGUUGGCUACUUUUACUGUCUAUUCGCAGUCGCUUCAGAUUGGUUUCACUCAUCAAACUAAGACGAGCUAGGACUACAACAUGCGUAUCAGUUCCGACUAGCCACACAGGCAAAAUUUGAAUUCACUGCACAUUUUUUAAGGGUCAGUGGGGAAGAUCGCUGUGCCAUAACCUGUGAAAAAUUGUCGUUGAUUAAACUAAAAUGGCAAAAAUUUAGCUUUAAUUAAAAGUUUCAUCUUAAAUCAAGAAAUGUUUUCGCUUGUCAUAAAAGUCAGGUUUAUCGAUAAACAGUAAAGAUGCCGCCCUAUAACUAAUCUACUAAAUACUAAUUUAUUCAGUCUUGAAGAUUCACCAAGGUGAUGAUUCCUUGUGAUAUUCGUAAAGUUUACUAGCAGCUGUGCAAACUUAUUUCAAAAUAUCCAUUCCACAGCCUUCAUUUAUCGUCACAAAAUUAAACUGACAGUACAGUACUUCGUCGAAAACUCUAUCGUUGGGCCUUUAUAAAAAGGCCAUCAUUUCUGAGGCAGUGAAAAUCUUCGUACGCGGCAGAAAAAAAUGGAGUUGUCUGAAAUACUUGGCAUCCUUGUUUUUGUAAACAUUUUUAGUUCCGUGUUAUCUUGUGGUGGUGGACCUAAACCAUGUUCGUGGACAACGUGCCGUCACGAAUGGAGAAACGAUUGGAGUCCGGGUAUUGCAACAGGACAAUGCACACGGCAGCGACGCAAUGCUCACCACAUAACCCAAUCCCAUGGCGGCAAGGGGUCAUGUCCCUCACCAACCCACUGCAGUCCGUCGACGCAAUACCGAACGAAGUGUAAGUGUACAACGCGUGUAAUUAACCUGGCUUGUCUACAAUGUCAAUGCGAAAAAACUCUGAGAGAAUCUUAUAGAACAAAUUAUAUCCGCACUGAAUUUUCUUUUUAGACGUUAGCAGCUAUGAAGUGGAAUAAUCGGACAUAAUCGGAGUCAAUGAGGCUCUGCCAAGUCAAGGAACAACCAUCUUCGCUAUUAGUUUUUCUGCCUGAAUUUCGUAGUUCUUUUCCUUUGAAAACUAGAAUGUUUUGGUAAGCAAAAUGCUCGAAAAUCUUUUUUUCGGUAAAACAAAUUAGCACGCAAGAGAGUGUCAGAAGGAGCGGCAGCUUUAAGUGCCAAGCAACACAAUGUCUCACAACAUUCCCCUAACUAAAAUAUUCAUGCAAGCUAAAAUAUAGGAAAAAUUCAUUUGUUAAAGGUUCUAAAUUUGCAAAGAAAAGGAGAAUGAGAAAUCCUUCUUCCAGCACCAGUCAAUAUAGCCCUCACUUGAAGGCCUUUUUCCUCAAAAGUGUUACUAGGAAGAAUGCUAAACUUUUCACUUACGAAAGAGGUGCAAGAGGCUCAUAUCUUGUGUCUAUGCAAUAGCAUCAAUCUGUAUGGGACUGGGAUUGACUCAAAGGACUGUUGAGCUGUGAGUUUUUUCAGCGGUUUUAAAAACUUCCCUAUAAACCGGUCCAUUCUUUCUUAGUAUAAGGUGCAGAUAGUUCCAUUUUUUGAAGGAAAAAAUAAAUGAAUAGCUACAACAUUCAUGCAGCCUUUUCGCAGAUGUAAUAACUUGUUGUUACAAUUAUUAUCAAUAAGAUCACAACACGGAUAUUCGAAAUUCCAUGUACAAAACCUCAGUCACUCUUAGUUAAUAGUCGGAGUCCCUUUAACUUCUUUAAUAUCUGCUGCUACACUGUAUAUCUGUUACAAUUACCUCGCGUAAUUGAAGAUCAAAGAACGCCUUUAUGCUAAGCCUGUACACAGACGUUGCUUUCUUUUACUUGUCCAAAAUCGAAGAGCACUCGAGCGAAGGGAGCGCGCAAGAAAGAAUAAGAAAGAUUUUCAUACGCGCCCUCGACGAUCUCUAAAGAGAAAAAUAGAGGCUCUGUGAACAGGCUACUUUAUAUUAAAAGUUUCUUGAUCGGAUAAGAUGUAUUACUCAUCACUUGAUCUGCCUUAAAUUCAUACCGCUUUAAAAGUUAAUUAGUAUGGGAUAUCAAGCACAUUUAGCCCGGUUGCAUUUUAUUUCUAGGCCCAUUAUACGUUGAUUUAGAAAACCGGUUUGAACACUGAUUUACCUUAUGUGCGUAAAAAAGAAGUGAAUGAUCUCAGACAUUUUUUCCUUCAAUGCCUUUUUUGCAAAUUAACACAUGUGAACACAAGUAAGUAAACACAACUGUGCUAGCGCUUAUAAUAAGGGAGGAUUAUUAACAUGAUUAUAAACUUUAAAAUUCACUUUCAGUUAUUAUACAUGUAUAUUCUGCUUGCUGAUCGAACUAGAAGUUUCAGAUUUCGAAAAUAGAGCAAUAAAAAAAUAAAUCAUACGAUUAUAGACGUUUUAACAUUUAAUCCCAAGUUAAUGAAGCGAAAUAAAGUGUAAAAGCAAACCGGAAUGUUGGAGGCUACCGGCUGUGUUUAAAUUAGUAGAGGUUUGUUUAAAUGCGUCACGGUUAAGUUUGCGAAAUAAGGUCAUUAAUUUGUACUGAAACAAAGCAAUGAGCAGAGCUUGAAAUUUUUCAUAACAGCCGUCCUAACCUUGGGAGCUAAUUAGGGACCUUAAGAUCCGAGGACGACGACGGCAGAGAAAACGUCGCUGAAAAAGUGAAUUCGCGUUCUUCAAUCUUCAUCGCGAUUACUCCAAGUCACUAACUUUGACAAAUGUAGGCGAACCCUCCUAAAGUUGAAUUCCUAAGAAUCAUAUUCAAGUUCAAAAAGAGAGAUGAAAUUUCGUCGUCGCUUGUGUACUUCCUCUGUACACCGUGAAAUUAGGCAUUUUCACGUCGUAAUCGUGCAGCGACGGCAAAGAAAUGUACAAAAAAGCGUGAUGCGCGUGCAAAAUUGUUGUUUUGCUAAUUAAACCUAUUGCUUUUGUGUUGUUCCCGUUGCCGUCGCCGUCGUCGGAUCUUAAGGUCUCUGGGGACCUUAAGGAAGGCGACGGCAAAGAAAAGGUCGCUGAUAAAGUGAAUUCGCGUCCUUCCAAUAAUCUUCAUCGCGAUUACUCCAAGUCACUAACUUUGUCAGUCAAAGGUUGGUGAGCCCUCCUAAAGUUGAAUUUUUAAGAACCGUAUCCAAGUUCAGAAAUAAAGAGGAAAUUUGGUCGUGGCUUGUGUACUCCCUCUGUAAAACGUGAAAUUAGGCAUUCUCCCGUCGUAGUCGAGUAGUGACGGCAAAGAAAUGUACAAAAAAGAGUGAUGCAGGUGCAAAGUUGUUGUUUUGCUUUUUUGCUGUUCUCGUUGACGUCGCCGUCGUCAUUGCUUUGCUAAGCUCCCUUUAAUAAUCUUUCUCUUAUGACGUCAAAUUGUUAAUUACGACAAAGCAAAAAUACUCGUUUUAUCAAACGAGGCCGUCUAGGGUGAUUUUGUGGUCCAGCGUUAUCUUAUUAACCCUUAUGAAAAUGUUGGAUACCACCCCCUCCUCACCCUCCCCCAAAUUGUUCCAUUUUGUGGUCCAACGUUAUCUUAUUAACCCUUAUGAAAAUGUUGGAUACCACCCCUCCUCACCCCCCAAAUUGUUCCAUUAGGAGAAUUUAUACACCGUAAAAGAUUCAAAAGUCAGAGCAAAUCCCCCUAAGAUUAUGACCGUGCGAAAAGUCCAAAACUAAUUUCUUUUAUUUUUGUCUUGAUUCCAUGCUUUGUGCCUCCAUUUGCAUUUGGUUCUCUUUGGCCAAAAGUUUUAUUUCGGAUGCACACACAUACGGAGCAGAGCUUCCAUAUCUGCGGGAAAACAUCUCAUAAAACGGGUGUAAAAAACAAACUUGUCUGUUACAGAAAAUCGAUUAUGGGAGUUCCUCAAUAUUGGUAAUUAAUGGCUCCUGUCUCUGCUUAAAAUGCUUCAGGACUGAAUUUUAAGCCAAUGAAUGGUUCAUUCAACUGUCGACGCAACUGAGUUCAUCUUUUCCUUUGACCUAUUGUUGGAAUAGUAUCACUGUCUCAUCCUUGCCGAUAUUUCAUUGCAGGUUCUUGUAGAAAUGCAUAUUACUGCCCUUUCCACGCCUGGUCUAGUUGGUCUGGUUCCGUCAGCGCGGGGACUUGUGGGAGGCAAAGUCGCUACCGAGACUACAAUCAACACACACGUUACGAUAUAAGAGACAACAAUUGUAACGGAAUCUCAAGCUCAUGCGGCUCACGGCAGUACAACUACAGGAAUUGGUGUAAGUCUAUAAGUUAUUUUUAACAUAUAAAUUUGGCCAAGGCUGGAAACGAAGCUCUCGUUAGUUAAUUCAUAAUUUACUUCAAACAAUAAGUUUGCAUAGAAAUCCACUUGGAGUUGAGCCUGCGAUUUGUUGAAAACUAAUAACUUGUCAGCAGAUAACUUCAAAAAAACCGCAACCUCAAUGGGUCGAAACCUGAGCCCGCGAUACGAUCAUGUGAUACUAGCCAGCAGAUACCCUGUCAAUUGAUCAAAACAUGGAUGUGCAAUAUCAGGUCGCAAGCUCCCACUUUAGCUAAAAAGUGUAAGAUUUCACAUUGGUUGCCCCGUAGUGCAGACGGACGGGUGGACGGGCGGUCAGACGCACGUACGGUCACGUGACUACCAAAAUUUCUCGGAUGAAAGAUAACCAAAUUUUCUUAACUAAGGGGUUCUGCUGGAGCAUGGAGCUCCACUAUUAGUUAUUUUAGUUCUUUACCACUUGCACAAAAUUAAACUUGAACCGACGAUCAAAUGUCUGAUCGACCAGUCAGCGGACAAAAUAGAAAGUGAGCCUUGACCCGCAAUCCGGUCAUGUAACGUAAUACAGGUCAGUAGAUGUCCCAUGCUGACAAUAGACCCCUUGACCGGAGCUACUCAUUCACGUUACACCCACGCCAUACUGAAGAAAAAAGGACGCUCGGGGACAAGUCAAACAAAGAGCUCGCACCAUUUUCAACUGGCAAUUUUUCUUUGUUGGUCAGCCUACAUGGCGGUUUGGUUCCACGUAAAUGAUAAUGGCGCAUUUCAGUUUGUGAAGCAUCGUAUGAGGUCUUGUCUUUUCUGUGUCUGGGUACAUUUUCAGAAUAGCUUACAUGUGAGGAAUGGACCUAAGUACGGUAACAUCAUAACCAAAAAUGUACCCAAUAUUAAAUGCGUCGGUUUAUGGGUUUUUCACAGGUUCUUGCAGAUACGCAAAAUGCACCCUUGGAAGUUGGAGUUCAUGGACAGAUACUGCAUCCCCUGUCAGUUCCGCCCACUGCGCAUCUCAGAGAAGAACAAGAAGCUAUUCUCUCUCCUGGCUAUACACAGAAAGACUGGAUAACUGUAAUGGCAUUCAACCGCAAUCGUGCCCGUCUGCUCAUGAAGAAACGAGAGAGAAGGGUAACAACAAUCGAUAUAAGUCUUAACUAUAAUAUGUAGAAUAUUUUCUCAUAUUUUCUUAAAUUUACGAAACUUUAUUACAAGUGGACUACUGUUGUUUUAUCGUUUGUAAACAUUUCCAAAUACGUUUUCGAGAACUGUCGUUAUAACUAGUUUGAGGAGCACUAUAAAAAAAACAAGAAUCGUCUCAGAGUUAGCCUGCGUACAGAAAGUAAAACAUUUGUUUUUUUCUUCGCUUUUUCACUGAUCUUAAGGAGAUAUGAUGCAGUUCAAACACUUUCAUUCUUUUUCUUUGAUAACAUGUCGCCGGUCCAGUAAAUGGCAGCUAAAAUGAAAACUUCCCUACAUUCCUGGAAAAUAAAUUAAAAUUUUUGUACUGACAUUGUUUACAUCGUGAAACACUGUCAUAAAUAACCUGAAGUAGCACUUUUUUCACGUAGUUGUCAUGUGUCCUGCUCUGCCAAAACUGUCCCAUGGAAGCUGGCAUCGAGAUGACUGCAAUGCCAACUCACAAGUUUGUCGAUCUGUUUGUUUACUGCGGUGUGACACAGUUAACGGCUUUAAACUCGAAGGUCCAGACAGGCGCGAGUGUCUGGCGACUGGUCAGUGGUCUACGCCGCCAUGGAGUUCUUACUGCAAAGGUAUUGUGUUUAUUUACACGAUCGCUCGACGUAUAUAUUAGCCUGCGCGCAGACGAAAUUAAACUCUGGUUAACUCCGUCUGCGAAAAAGGUUAUCGCCAAUCAGGUUGUCCGGUAAUUCGUUGAGUCCGUUGGGGGCCCAGAACAAGGAUCUCUGCGCUGCUUCGCAGACGGUACUAAUCAGAGUUUAGUUAUCGUCUGCACGCAUUCUAUCGACGUAUAUGUACGCUCUAAAGGCAACCCGCUUGCUGUUCUAUGCCAAGGACAACGGUCUGAGAUGUUGAUACUUCUAGUAGUUAAGACGGGGAUGUUGUCGCUUACACAAAAACGCAACUUUUGCCAUAUACUGUAAUUAAUUUCACAAUAAGUGACAAGCGAUGUCUUAGGUUACGUGUUCUAAUGUCUCAUAUAACUAUAAGAUUUCGCGCGGUUUACGUUUAACAUUACACCAUAUCUUGUGGGGAAGUCCACAUACACCCAUUGAAGGACUGCUGAUAAUCUUGCAGGUUGUUAUUAGACAUGGGUUAUGCGCCAACAGCAAACACUAAUUUAUGUAUAGUGUUCGACUCAUUUUGCGGUUUCAUCCAUUAACAGAGAGGUAAAUGAUUAAGGUCUUUCCUCUUAUUACCCUUAGAUAUACGCCCUCCAUCCAUCACUUGUCCUCAGCCCAUUUUCGUCCCUACGGAUCCCGGUAAACCUACGAAGAAGGUGUGCAUCCCCGCGGCUACCGCCAGCGAUAACAGUGGUGUGCCGCCGACAGUCACUAAUAACGUAGGUGCACAGAGCAAAGAGUUUACUGUCAGUUCAACUCCACAUGAAGUGAAAUACACUGCUCGUGACGCUGUGGGACUGACUGCCACAUGCACGCUACAAAUAACUGUUUCAGGUAACAGUUUCAGUUAGUUUCAGUUAUCAUAGCAAACCGAUUUACAAAAACAAGCGCUUCGGUGUUAAUGAUAUUUUCGCACCAUGUAAGGGAAUCCAAGACAGUCUUCAAUUCUGGAUUACACGACGUGGAUUCCGGAUUCCAACCGUUAGUGGGAUCAGUUUCCCAAAUUCUGGAAUCUGGGAUCCUGACGUCACAACCGUGUUUACAUACUCUUAUGCAAACACGCCUCUCGGCCAAUCAGAGCGCGCGUACUAUCUUUAUAAAUACAUCAUGGACAGUGAUGGAAUGACUGUCGCGAAAGCGCUAGCUCACCUUAUCUGUGAUAAAGCACUAGCCUAAGACAACUGCUACUGAUUGAAUGAAGCAAGUUUUUAACCAAUCAGAAGCACUACUCAUGCAGAUCUCCUGAACAUUUGUUUCAAUGGCUAUUUGAAAGCAAGGCUUAUUGUUGUACACUAUAACGCCAUGCUCUUACAAUAGGCCAUUUGCAUGAUGACGUCGUUUUACUAAUACGACCAGAAUCCUUCAGGGUUUUGCUUUCUUGUGCAAAUUAGGGCUUUUGUUAUUUAAUCUCACUGAGAUUACAAAAUUUAAAUAUGAAAGGAAAAGCAAAAGGAGUAGUAGUAGUAGUAAAAUGACCCCAUCGUGCAAAUGGCCUGUUCAACUGUUUCUGGUGAUAGAGGUGCGCGUGUUUAUUUGAGCACUUGGCGUUUAUUGGAAAGGAGGAAUGCGACCAUAUUUGAUUUAAUUCUGCUAUCUGUGGCGUCAGUUAUCUAGAUCAGCGCUUGUUAGAACAAACCUUUCUGCGUUCUUUGCUUCUAGAGAGUUACUCUAAAUUAAUAGACUAAUUGAAAGCAUUACUGUCUUCCACGACAGACCAGGAACGGCCGCGUGUGGCCUCUUGUCCCACGGACAUCAAGAAACAAACCAAUAAGAACGAGAUACGCGUCACUUGGGCCUAUCCGGUGUUCGAAGACAACUUUGAUCGGCCCCCAGUCCAACUGCGAAUUACCAGUAACAGGAACCCUGGUGCUUUAUUUCCCUGGGGGCGGUAUCAAGUUCUGUACACGGCAAGUGAUCGGGCAGGAAACAAGGCUACCUGUGAAUUCUUCAUAGAAGUUGGACGUAAGUUGAAAUUCAUUGGCCCGUGUGUGCGCGAGUUUAUACAUUGCACUAAAGGCCUCAUCAGUAUAGUCAAAAAGUCACACCAUUCUGUGAUUUUUAUGAAAAAGAAGAAAAUACAUAAAUUAAUCAUCUAUAAGCUGCGAAGGAUGCCAAAAAGCUGGCUGAUCUGCCAAAAGCGCCAGUCAGUUCGCAGAGAGCCAUGGCAUGCCAUCACAGCGCCCACCAGAGCCACAUGCACCAUACAAACCCUAUUCCCCUUUAUAAAGUCAUCCUUCGCGAUUACAUUAUGAAUCCACAUACUCAAGAAUAAGCCAAGUUUCUAAGAAGAUCACCCUCAUGAAUUUCUUCUAUAUGUUACUGACACUCACGUUUUCUUUUUAAUAAAAAAGCUUGCUUUUUAAUAAUGGCCUUUGCAUUAUUACUUGGUAGAAAGAUAAAUUUUAUUUCCUUUUAUAAUUUUAGCUGUCCCGUGCACUUAUUUUGAUGCUCCUGCAUAUGGCGUCAGAUCUUGCAACAAAAAGACCAUCAAUUCAAACAAUGUGGUUUACGAGAUGAUUUGCAAUAUACAAUGUAAGCAGGGCUACUCUUUUGCGGACCCAGCGGCUGUCAAUAACUACAUGUGUCAAUCUGACGGAACGUGGCAUAAAGUCCUGCAGCCAUUUGGUACUGUACCAGUCAUUCCGAAAAGUCAGAAGCCGUGGCCAGACUGCGCACGUGAGUAAAGUGGCGCUAGGCUACAAAACAGCCCGUAUUUUUGCUUAGGUUGCAAAACUGAUUCUUGGGGAAAAACGACUGUUUGGCAGUCUAACUUGUGCCCCGAACGCAGACACCUUGGGAUCCCUCAUGGGAUCAGGUGCCCGUUUCUCGAAAACCCGUCACGGCGAUAAUUACUGGAAAGGGCCCGGAAAGCUUGAUUUGUCGUUAAUGGUCAAGAUCGUGGUUUCAAUAGUUUUGCAGAUAAUAAGAUAAAAAUAUCUGUGAGGAAAGUGAAAAUCCACCAAGACAAACUCUAACAAAAUCCUUAGAAACAAUUAGUACAAGGCAAAAGUUCUACCAACAAAAUGUCAUUUGAAUGGUAACACCACGGGAUUUCAUACACAGGUAAAAAGGUUUUUGUGAAAAAUCAUCUCACCAUAACAAGGUCUCGCAGUGAAGGAGGUUAAGUUGUGUUUCUGCACAGGUAGUUAUUGAAAUGCAGAGUUUUCAUUGCACUUUCACGUUGAAGUCGUGCAACGACGGCUAGGAAAUGUACAAAAAAGCGUGAUGCACGUGCAAAGUUGUUCUUUUGCUAACAUAAAGUUAUUGUUUUUUUGCCGUUCUCGUUGCCGUCGCCGUCGCCGUCGCCGUCGUCUUUGCUUAAACUCCCUAAUGUGAAGAAGGGGCCGAUAUUAAGAGUGCAUUGAACGCUUUAGGCACACAUGGCCUUAGUUCCAAAUGUUUAUGGCACAGUUUUGGAUCAUUAUAACAUCUAGAAAUCUACCCACCUACCCCUCCCCUAAUCCACUGUUUUGCCCUGAGUAAGAAGUUAGUGUUAGCGUUGGGUAUGGAAGGGUUAAGUGGGUAGCUUACUAGAAUCUUGUGCUGGCUUAAACAGGCUUAAACUCUGCAUUCCGAUAAGGGUAACUGAGAAGCAGUGAUUAAAACCCUUUUCUUCCAUUCACAGCCGAGCAAAAUGCAAAUGCCGCUAAAAAGAACUUCACUUUCUACACUGGUUCGUGCUCUAAUAACGAACAAGAAGCUUUGCAGCGGAUCCGCAUGAACUUUCUCAACGCAGUGAUGAACAGUCCGAUGGCUAAAUAUUUCCUGUGUGAUGUCAGCCAGGGACAGGACUGCGUGGUAGAAAAUGUCAAAGUGUACUGUGGUUCCAACUCAAGGAAGAGAACAUUCGGUAACCAGAGAAUCAUCACGUUCGAUUUUGUUAUGAAGGACAAAAAUAUGUCGUCAGAUGCGAAAGAAGAAGCAGCAAAGUAUGUAUCCAUAGUAACGAAGAUUCAAGGCAUCAUUAGCUAUAACAAAUAUAUUUUUGAAAAAAACAUAGAUAUAACACGGGAGAAACGAAAUAGUCACAAACGCGCAGAAGCCUCAACUAAUGAUUUGUAUUUAAGUAUUUUGUUUUUUCGGGCAGCCAUCUUGUUUGAUUUUCCGUUAGUCUCCUCUUCCCAAUAAAAUUUAGCCUGGGUGGCAGGAGCAGCCAGGGGAAGGGGGGAGGGAAGAGAGAGGGAGAGCUCGAAAGGAAAAAUAAACUACUUUUUUUGACGAAAUUCUUUCUUUCUUUCAAACCUUACGAGAGCGUAACUGUGUAUCGAAAUUCAAAAUGACCGCCACAAACAACUACUCUCGAUUAAGAAAUUGUUGAUUUUUUUAUUUUGUCAUCGUAGUUGGAUGCCGGCUGUGCUAAUGAACACUUUACUAAAGGGAAAAACAGUCCGAUCGCUACUUUAAACUGAACUAUCUUAAGUAAAGCCUAAUGAACUUGGUUUUUAUAAACAUGACAACCAGCUCCCACUCACCCACCCUCCCACCUCUCGCGGGUGACUGAAGGUAGCCAAAAAGUAACAGAUAAUGCAUCUGUAGUGUUAAAAAACGUAGCCUUUGAACAGGCUCUCUGUUUUGGGGAAAGGGUAAAAAAAAACACGAGGAGAGGGAAGGGACGCCCCACCCACACACUUACAUAAAUCAGUCGGCACAGCAGCGUCGUAAUUACAAGAAGGCCAAUACAGAAAAUUUUCAGGUGUAAUUCCCACGUCAUUGUCUUGCUAAUGUAAAUUUCUUGAUUCAUAAACGGGAGCUCCUUUUUUAAAGUUCUCUUCAGCUCAAGAGAGGAUAAAUCAUUCUCUCUUGGCAUGUUAUGCCUCGGAAAGUUUUACCUUUCCAAAGGUCCCAUCUCAAUUUGUGUCUUGCACUUUAUCAGGUUAACGAAGAUGAUGUCGGAUUUGGACACCUUAGCGAACUUCGUGAAAGAUAACUUUCCACAAGAUGCACAUAUGCCCGAUCUGCAAGUGUCAGUGGCUCCAAGUAGUGUAGCAUGUCCUGAAGGUAAAGUUAUUAUGGUGCUGCCUGGUAAUGGCACGGAACUGGAAAGGACGAAAUGCGGUAAGUUUCCAAGAGAAUUAAUAAAGACCUCUAGAUUCUAAGACGAGUACGACUACGAGUAUACGAGAUUUUCUCAAUAGAGACCUUAAGAUACCCCGGUAUCGGUGUACGGGUACGGGUAGUGUACCCGUACACGUAAAGUGUUCAUGUGCGUGACUAUUUCGAUUAAGAUACCCGAAGAACAAGCACGCAAAAUGAACUUGGUACAUGCAUGUCGCUUAAUGCAUACAAAAUCUCCCUCAAAUUCUACACUUCAUAUCUUAACAACAAGCUGCAACAAAUAAUUGAUUCAUACAUAAGCUUAUUGAAAUAUCAUGGAAAGAUUUUAAGAAACUUGGCGGGAAGUCCCUCGACCGAAAGCUUGUUAUCGCAAACCCCGCCAUUUUGAUCGAGGCACAUCACCAAACAAUUCCUUUGAUUGUCAACUUCAACAGUGGCUCCCAUGCUAAAUAUUUCAAUGCUAUUUCCUUUGCGAAACUCAAACCUUCGAGCAAUUCUCAGAAAUCCCCUCCAAAUACCGCCACAAAUUGAUAUCGUUUCAGAGUUCAACCUGCACAUUUGAGGUCCAAAAUCACUAUACAUUUUGAAGCGCUUUCUUUACAGCUAAAAUUCAAAUUUGGCAAAAAUAUUUGAACAGACUUUCAAUAACAUUGCCAAGAAGUCAUACAAUUUACAUUUGUCCUUAAAAAGUCUUAAAAACUUACUCGCUUCUCCAUCAUGUAGGACUUGCAGCUACUCGUAACUCUUCUACGGGUAAACUGGUGUCUACCCCGGAAAAACGGCUGGUUCUACCGGGUAAGGUCGAUGACGUCACCACAAAAUGGAAAAAACAUGGCGCUACCCGUUACCCGUACACCGAUUUCGGGGUAUCUUAAGGUCUCUAAUACUAAGUAGCGCAAACGCGUGAGUCAGCGUCAUUUUGGCGGGAAAAUGUGGUAGCCGUCGUCACUCUACUACGACUUUUAGCGAAGUGGCGGAAACAAGUUAUCAAAUGUAAGUAGUUUUAUCGUUUUGCCAUCGGGAGAGGGUAUAACCUCCUUCACUAAAUUAAAGCUAACAGUGCUAACUUUUCUAGUGAAAAUUAGUAAAAUGAAGCUUUCCGCGGAGUCUAUAUUUUGAGAAUACGCGAAAAAACUCUUAGUCAAAUCUCGUACUCGUAAUCGUCUUUGAAUCUAAAGGUCUCUAACAACAAGAUUCAAACACUACGGUACGUGUUGAAAAUUGGUGAUUUGCAAAUCGCAUCAUUUAAGUGAAUCCAAGACAAUCUUGAAUUCUGGAUUCCACGAUGUGUAUUCCAGAUUCCAGGUAUAGAUUUCGAAUUCCUUGUCAGCGGAACAAGGAAUCCAGACUCUAAAAGCCUGGAUUCCGGAUUCCACUAGCAAAAAAUGUCCUGGGUUACGGAAUCGGGAUAGUUGCCUUACACCGGCUGAUGCAAACACCAAGUUGUGAAAAAAUAGUGGGGCGAAAUCAAGAAGUGAGUUGAGCAAGGAGGCGAAGCAGUUGUCCCUUUCGUAAACGGUCGCUGCCAUUUUUUAGCCUCGGAAAAUUUUUGCCCCGCUGAGAAAGAAAAUCGCAAUCCAGGGUCGAACCCGAACCUCGAACCGGACCUUUCGUUUCCUAAUCUCUCUCCUUUUAAUACCACUACACUACCACACCGACCCGGCCGCUGAAACUUUGAAAAAUCAAAGUACAUAAACCAGCGAACGGUCUUAACUGAUACAUCAAUAACAGAUGACCCUAGUCCUUUCUAAUACUAUUUUAAAAAAUUAUUUGCCUUAUCGCAACUUCAUCCAGGGAAUAUAAUGCAUCUUUCAUUACUAAAGGCUUGGUUACCAAUGGUGGCAUCGACCAUUAAGAAUGGCAACGACCGUGUACGAAAGGGAAAUAGCUUUCCUAGUCACGGCCUGUACAGCGUUUUCCCAGUUCCUCUCGGUCAAUUCACUUUGGUGACGCAUCCCUGGCGAACGGGCGGGAAACGCCUCACAUCUUUGCUUGGACCACGUGACUCGAAACGCUUUGGCCGCACGGAAUAAUGAGGCCUAGGGACUAGGCAACUGAAUAGCAUGAAAUGGGCGGAGGCGCAGCCUAACUUUCUUUGCAUUCCAGGCAUUUUGCUCCGUCGAUAAAGCGCGGUGCCGUCAAUGUUCCCCUGCAUUAUAGACCUAUUCGGCUAUUAACCUCAAUGUUGUACCCAAUUCAAACCCUUUGGGAAUAAAACGUUUUGUUUCAGGAAUUUCCAUAUCAUUUUAAUGUGAAUGCCACAUUAUACAGUACACAAAGAAUCUUAACUCCAGGUGAUUUGAAUUGGGUACAACAUUGAGUUAGCCAAAUAGGUCUAUUGAAUUAAGUACAUGAAAAGUUCGGCGUCUGAAUCAAUUAGGAACGCCUGUUUCAAUUUGAGUUCUUUUGGUGUUGUGUUGAUGUCUUGCAAAGUUAAUUUUCACGUGGUAUGAUCAGCAUUACAGUAUUCUGUUUGCAGAAUUUAAUUAUUGUGUGUUUCAAUUUGGAACGGCUUAGUCGUUCUUCCCGCCUAGCCCGGCUGGGAAUUUCGACUUUGCUCGACUUUCGAACAGCUUUGAUUUGUCGACGCCGAAGACAGAUCUGUUGACUCACCCACUCUGCUGAAUAAAAAAGCAAGGCAGCAGUCAUAACUAAAAUAGUAUUCGGGUUAAACUCUAACCAGUGGGUCAGAGACAGCUCAAGCUAUAAUAACAGGUAUUUCAUUAUCCUCUGUUGUUUGCCUAACGCACUUGUCAGCCAUUAAUCUUCAUUUGCUUAACCUUUUCUCUCCAGUUGAGUGUCCUGCUGGUUCUUACUACAACAAAGAUUCUCAAACCUGCCAGAACUGCCAAGAAGGCACAUUCCAGAACCGCACGGGGCAGAUGUCAUGUGAUCCGUGCCCGGCGGGUACUUGGAGUAAUGGGGGUCAUGCUAAAAAUUUCACGGAGUGCUUCGGUGAGCCUGUGUUUUUUUAGUUGCAUACCAUUCAAAACUAUGUAGCCUGCAAGAAAGCUCUUCCGGGGCUUCCCUCUUCUCCUCCCCACUCUCUUAUCCCCGGGAGCCUCAGGAGUGCUUGCUCGCAGGUUAGAAACUAUGUAGUAUUAGCCUCGAUUCCAAGCUAGUUGUAGUCCACUGUAGACUGUUCACAGUCUCCUAUUUUUUCGUUAGAUCGUUUAGAUAUACCGCGUCUUACAGUCACGGGUAUCUUGAUUUUCAAAUGUACCGAGGGGGCGGGGGGCGAGAAAAACCUCCCAAACCGCCCCCCCCCCGCCCCCUAAGUAGUUUUGACACUCAUGCAAGAUGGCAGCCCAAAGCGCUCGAUCUCGAUGAUCUUACGGAAAAAUAGAGGACUGUGAACAGUCUAAGUCCACUGCCGCUAAAGCAGCAUUUAUCGAUCUCUUCCUUUUACAAUGCCCGCCAUCUUUGCACGCCUUUUAGGAUUGAUAGGAUAAAAAUAAUUUCACGUGGCAUUUUAGGAAACGCGUGAUAAAAUUUGCCAACACGAGUAAUCGCGGUCGAGUUUGUUUAUUCUCUCAAAACAGGACGACGAUUUUAAGUCAUUCAAAAGUAAAGUUUCGAUUAGUUUUACAUCAUUAUUGCGUGUUGUGAGUCUACGGUCGUUACUGCGUCCAUAAAAGUAGCGAUGAUCACUUCCAACCAAAAUUUCUCAUUAUCAUCGUCUUUAGGAGAAAAGUUCUUCAUUUUCUUUUGCUUAGAAUAAACAAAUUUGACUGCGAUUUCUUGAAUCGGCAAAUUUUCAAACUGGCAUGAGAAACCACGUGACAUCCCCUCGGUCUUUGAUCGCGUGCAAAGAUGGCUGGUAUCGUGUAUAAGGUCUAUUCAACUUCCUGACGCAAUUCCAAUUUUUCUAUUUGUUAUAUUUUUUUAUCCAUCCAUCACUAUCAUUUAUCUAUUUGAUCUUUUUCCUUUUGACCAGAAAUUUGUGAGCCAGGGGAGUUCAUGAAGCAGGAAGCAUCGGGCAUUAUUAACUGCUUGAUGUGCCCCAUCGGAACCUAUCAACCCAAGUUCCGAGCCACUAAAUGCGAAGCGUGCCCCGUUGGCAAGACAACGCUUCAAAAAGCUUCUACCUCCAUCAGUGACUGUCAAUAG